AUGCUCAAGGAAGCUUUUGAUAUGUUUGAGUCGGUGAAAGGUCAGGGACUGGUUGUUACUGCUAAAACGUAUAACAUGCUGAUUGAUGCAUAUUGUAAGUCAGGAAAGAUUGAGGAUGGGUUUGCGCUGAAAGAAGAGAUGGAACAGCUAAGAUUACUUGUACCAAACGUUGAAACUUAUAACUGCUUGAUUGGUGGUUUGUGUAGAGAUGAUCAAAUGGGAGAAGCUAAGAAGCUUUUUGUAGUUUCCUCUGACCCGUUUAGCUCAGAUUCAGUCUCCGAUUCCUCGAGCUGUGGCUACGCCGUUGUGACUAACAGGAAAGAUACUUGGCAAGGCCUUGAACAAGACAUCACAACUCAGGUCUCUCCUGGUAUUACCUAUACUGUAACAGCUUCUGUUGGUGUCUCUGGUCCUUCCCAUGAAUCAGCUGAGAUUCUUGCCACUGUGAGGCUCGAGCAUGAAGACUCUCCUACCGAGUAUUUGUUCAUCGGAAAGUAG